AUGACGCGGAAUUAUGAUUACCUUUUCAAACUCUUGCUGAUUGGGGACUCAGGAGUUGGGAAAACUAGCCUUCUCUUUCAGUUUACGGAACAACAAUUUAAUGCUACAUUUAUUGCUACUAUAGGUAUUGAUUUUAAAAUUCGAACAAUUGACGUGGACGGAAAGAAAAUCAAAUUGCAGAUAUGGGACACUGCAGGUCAGGAACGCUUCCGUACAAUUACAACAGCAUAUUACCGCGGCGCAAUGGGAAUUAUGCUCGUUUACGAUAUUACACAGGCUCAAUCAUUUCGCAAUAUUAAACAGUGGCUGAGUAAUAUUGACGACCAUGCAAAUUCGGAUGUGGAACGGAUGUUGCUGGGUAACAAAUGCGACAUGGUCUCCCAACGGCAGGUCUCAAAGGAAGAGUUUGCUACCAAUCAUAACAUUGGAUUUCUCGAGACCAGUGCAAAAGAAGGUGAAAAUGUUACCGUUGCCUUUCGAAUGCUUGCACGAGCUAUUAAAACAAAAAUGGAACAAAAAAUGGUAUGUGUUGCUUGUGCGCUUGUACUUAAUUUGAAGCCAUUUAUUUCAUUCUCGGCAAUUUUGGCUCUUGUAUAA